AUGGAACGACUUCUAUCGAAAGUCAAGAGAUCAGCCCGCAGAUCGACCUCAUUUAUAAAGAAGCAACCCCGGGAUUCAGCUCCAAUAUUCGCACCUCAUAUAGCUGACCCGCCAGACGCAAACAGAGAUGCUCCUCUGGAAAAUCUCCCAUCGGAGCUUCGACUCCAUCUUCUCUCAACCCUGAUGCUCGAAGAACUGCGGGCCCUGGUCCAUGCAUCCCCCGUAUAUCACCAGCAGUAUAUCGUCGAUCGCAAGCGUAUACUCAGUCAGUGUUUCGACACGACAUUGCGAAGCAUCACCGUCGAUGCCUACGCGGUAUAUCAGUCAGGUCUUCCUGAGUUUGCUCGCCAGCGCUCCCGUGAAAAGGUCAUGCAGUGUCUUGAGACUUACCAGAGUCGGCGAUCUUUGUCUGGGGAUGUGGAUUCCAGGAAAUACUUCUCUUUGGACGAGGCCACCGGCAUUGUAUCGUUCCAUUUUAGAAUUAUUUUGCCUCUAUCGCAAUUCUAUGUUUCGUGGGCUUUUGAUGAUAUCGCGAAACAGACAGAGACCCCUCAGAACUCAGAGCUCCUGAGUAGAGCAGAGGAGACCAGACUGCUGCGUGCACUCUAUCGCUUCCAACUGUGCUGCAAUCUGUUCGGUGUUGGCUCGCAUGAACCCCCUCGAGACCUGCCGUUGCAGUUUGACUCGAUUGAGAUAUUAAACGUUUUCUUUCGCUUGUUCGAGCCUUGGGAGGUGGAAGAGAUUGUCUGUAUUUAUUGUUUCGCCAAGGAGCGUUACGCAGACAUCUUUGAUAGGAUCAGUUGGGACGUGGACGAGAAGAAUCCCAAGUUCGAUGGUCAGCGGCCGCCGACCCCGGAUGGCGCAUUUGACCUUGGGAAUAGCUGGGUUAGAGACACUCUCUUGAAGGGAGCAAUAUCUCGCGGACUAGAGCUGCUGUACACGGUUCUUUUUAAGAUGAACAACCAUGAUCACCUGGUAUCAACGAUGCAGGAGCGCAUUGCGUGGCCGGCGGGUUAUUUCCUAGGGAACGAAGCUAUGGGGCAAACGGCGCAAACUCUUCGUCGUCGACGGCGGCCCUCAGCUCGUGAUCUGAAACAGGAACGACGUGACCCGUUGCUAUUCCAUGGCGAUAGUCUUCUGGAUGUCGAGAAGGGACAUCCACCCCAAGCUUGGACGUUGAUAUGGGGUGGAACAUAUAGCAACCUGUACGGAUACUAUGUGCAUGAUACGCUUCAUCGUUGGGGCUACGUUAUGUGGGAUGCUGCACGACUUGAGAGUAUAGGCGCGUCUGAGGUCUUGAUGCGUCAGUGGGAGGAGGACUGGGGAGAUAGUGACCCAAGAGAUAGUUUGUAG